CAUCUGCCCCAGCCGGGAGACCUCGUGGUGGGCGGUGGGGUGCGCGUGUUCCCCCGAGCCCCAGCGGCCCCGGCUGCCCCGCAGGUGCUGAGCUGGGCGCAGCAGCAGGGCGAGCGGCUGCGGGCGCAGGCGGCAGCGCUGGCGGCCGAGCGGGAGGAGACGGCGCAGCUCCUGGACUGGAUCACGGCGGCCGAGGAGGCGCUGGGGCUGCGGGACCAGGAGCCGCUGCCGGAGGAGGUGGAGCAGCUGGAGGAGCUCAGUGCCCAGCACGCGGUGUUCAUGGAGGAGCUGAACCGCAAGCAGCCUGACGUGGAGAAGGUCACCAAGAGCUGCAAGCGAAAGCUGGCGGUGGAUCUGGGCCCCCCGGCCACCCGAAGACUGGCCACACGUCGCCGCAGCAGCGGGAAGGCGCAGGGCACUGCGGCGGUGCCGCUCGGGGGGCUGGAGCCCCAGACACCCCUGAUGGCCCAGCUCCUGCACCGCUGGCAGCAGCUCUGGCUGCUGGCCCUGGACCGGCAGUACCGGCUGGAGACGGCCCUGCAGCGCCUGCGGGAGCUGGAGGAGUUCGCGCACUUUGACUUCGGGGUCUGGAGGAAGCGCUACAUGCAGUGGAUCAGCCAGAUGAAGUCCCGCGUCCUGGACGUUUUCCGCGGCAUCGACAGGGACCAGGACGGGCGCAUCAGCCAGCGGGAAUUCAUCGAGAGCGUCCUGGCCUCCAAGUUCCCCACCAACGUCCUGGAGAUGAAUGCCGUGGCCACCAUCUUCGACAUGAACGGCGACGGCUUCAUCGACUACUACGAGUUCGUCAGUGCCCUGCACCCCAACCGCGACCCGCUGCGCCGCUCCGCCGACGCCGACCAGAUCCAGGACGAGGUGAACAGGCAGGUGGCCCAGUGCAACUGCGCCAAGCGCUUCCAGGUGGAGCAGAUCAGCGCCAACAGGUACCGGUUCGGGGAGUCCCAGCAGCUGCGGAUGGUGCGGAUCCUGCGCAGCACCCUCAUGGUGCGGGUGGGUGGGGGCUGGAUCGCCCUGGACGAGUUCCUGGUGAAGAACGACCCCUGCAGAGUGAAGGGAAGGACCAACCUGAAGAUCAACGAGAAGUACCUGUCCUCAGACGUCUUCGGAGCCGCCGCCGCCGCCGCCCGGUGUGCAGGGAACCAGUCGGCCGCCUCCUCCAAAGUGCUGUCCCCGAGCCGCUCCAACUCCAGCCUCAGCCUCUACAGCAGCGCCUCGGCCCCCAGCAGCCCCCUGGCCAGGAAGUCGGUGCUGCGGAGGACGCGCUCGGGGGAUCGGUGUCCGCGCUCCCGGGGCUCGGGACUGCCCGACGGAGCCGAGCUGCAGUUCAGUGCGGCUGAGGAGAGCCUGGCUGUGGCCCCCCCAGAGCCGCCCGAAGGGUCCUCUCCGGAGCGCUGCAGCCCCUGCCGCUGACCCCCGCGCCCGCCCUGCGCCCAGCACCCUCGGCCGGCCCCACUCAGGACCCUCCUCCGCCAGGCUGGAGGACGGCGAAGCCGCGGCCGCGCCCCCCGCGGGUCUCCGGCCCGGCGCUGCGGCCCCCCGAGCGGGGCUGAGCUGUCUGUCCGUCUCCGAUCCCGCCGGGGCCCGCUCCAGAGGAUAUGCAAGUAUCUCCCGACACACACCGAGCCCCCUCCCCGGGCUCUGGUCUCCCGCCCCACGGCUCCAGCGGCCAGCGCGGGGGGUUCUGAGCCCCGGGGCCCCGCUCCGAGUGCCCGGGGCUGUGGGACCAGCCGGGCACCCCCCGCCGGACCCUGCCCUCCUCCCGUGCCGUCAGCUCAGGGCGGCUGCGGUACCCCCGGCACCCGGCGUCUCUGACGGGGGUCCCCACGCCGCCUCCCGUGCCCCGGCGGGAGCUGGCCGGGCUCGGUAACCGGGCACCGGGACCCCUGGCCGGACCCGAGCCCCGUUUCUGGUGCUAACCCUCACCCCUCGGCCUUCGGUGUGCGCGCACGGGCCCCCGGCUCCGGCCGCCCCCUGCCACGGGCGGGGGUCCCUGGCGCCCGCGCUCCGUCCAGCGGCGGGCAGCGGGACCCCCGCCCUGCUGCCGCAUGCUCGUGUCACCCCGCUAACCGGACAGCAGUAGAGCUGAAUGUAACCCGGGCCCACCGCCGCCACAAUAAACUGUAGUGAGGUUCCUUUUUCUAUCA